AUGAAGCCUGAUUGCGCUGCGAAGUUGAGCAUCGUGAAGUCGAACCUCGAGCCGGUGUUCAGCCAGGAAAUGGAUCACUUCAGUUUAUCGACAUCGCGUUGGCCAGUUGCUCGACGGUUUGGAGGCGAUUUUACAGCCAGACGAAGCCAUUUUGAAGACGAAGCAAUCAGCGCUUCCGUUGGCCGGCGAACUCUCGCGGGAACACAAAAAGGACAGUUUCAUCUGACUGAUGGUUCUCAGCAAUCGACUGGCGUUAGU